GAGGUGAAGGCUGCUCACCACCCUUAGCGUCCUUCAACCACCGAUAUUCAACCCACUGUUUGUCGCUCCAGGAUCGCUUGAGAACAUAACGAAAAUGGCACCAUUAACUAGCUCCCUCGUCGAAUACUCCGAUUCGGAUUCUGACGGCUCCCCCCCAGCUAAAAUGGCCAAAACAACUUAUCUAACCCCAGCUAACAAAUCGCCUACUUCCACUUCCAAGUACUCAAAAGCAUCCUCAUCCAAUUCGCUACCCCCACUUCCUUCGCGUUUCCAUGAUCUCUAUGCCGUUGCUCCGAGGGUAGGCCAGCAAGAUGAUCCUUCGCUUCAUGGUGGAAGAAAGAGGUCCAUUCCGCAUAUUCAGGGGAAUUGGCCGACUCAUAUUUUUAUUGAGUGGCAUCUGUCGCGCUCAGAAUUUGAUGUCCUCAAUGGUGCCUAUCAUACCGCAUCCACCAUUACUGCCACAGCUGGUGUGAGGCUUGAGAGCCAUCUCAAAAGCGAUCUAGGCAGCGAACAACCGCUACAUUUAAGCUUAAGCAGACCCAACAUUCUUACCACUGCACAGAGGGAAGGUUUUUUGGAGCUCUUGAAAGACAGGCUCGAUAAGACUAGAAUCAAGCCAUUCUCGGUAGAGUUUACAGGCUUUGAAUUUGUGAGCAAUAAUGACCGAACACGCUGGUUUUUUGUCUUGAGAGCUACCAAGGGGGAUGAUGCACAGCUCCCUCGUCUACUCCAAUUGGCUAAUCACACCUUUGAAGCAUUUGAACAACCGCCACUAUACACGGAAAAUGGCGACAAACUUGAUGGUUUCCAUGUUUCUCUCGCUUGGAGCCUUACGGAGCCAGACAAAGACGUGAAAGCUGAGGUGUUUGAGGCAUUGAAGACUCAUGCUUGCUGGGACAAAAUCUUUGGUAAAAGCGAAGUCGAGAGACUGAAAUUGCUUAUCGAUGCCAUCAAGGUCAAGAUUGGCAACAUUGUGCAUAUAGUCGAGCUAGGGAAGAAGGAGAAGCAAGGCGAAGCCGGGAACCCUAAGAAGAGGAGGGCUUCUUAUGACGUUCACGAGAAGCGCAAUACUUGAAGGUGGACCCUGAUUUUCUGGGGUGAGUUAGUUACAUAGGAUCCAUUUGUGCCUAACAGCCCAUAAUGUACGGGAUGUUCGGUCAGGGGGGAGUCUUUAAUCAAUUACAACAUUUUUUGUCAUGGA